GUCAAUUCUAGCAACAACAAUAACGCGACACGCCCACGCGUGCCACGCAUUCUUACAAGACAGCCAUGUGCGCAUCAUAGUGCGAGGCAAGCAGAUGCCUUGUCAAUCUACACAAUGACAAUGCGGCUCUUCCUCGUCCGACACGGGGAGACUGUCGACAACGUCGCGGGAAUCUAUGCAGGAACCCACGACUCGCCGCUCACGGCCCACGGCGUACUCCAGGCCCGCCGUCUUGGCGCACACCUCGCCUCUCGGUCGGCGACCAUCGGCCCCGUUCGACACGUGUUUGCCUCGGACCUGAAGCGCGCCGUAGAGACGGCCGCGGCAGUGGUUGACGCGCAGACCGCUGCCGUCGGCGGCAACCAGCCCCGCUCCCAGCCGGCCACCUCCGACUCGGACUCGGACCCCUUCCGAGUCGAUAGUGGUGAGAAGGAUGCGGACAGUAAUAAGGCUGCAGACCCGGCCGCGUCGCUGAAGCUAGUAGAGCUGCCCGAGCUGAGAGAGCGGGACUUCGGCUCGGCAGAAGGCGAGAAGUUCGGCGUGGACUUGACCCUGGCCGGUGCUGAGUCUCGGGAGCAGAUGAGGCAGCGGGCGGCGUGGUUCGUGGACACCCAUCUUGUGCCGCUGCUCACUGCCGAGCAAGUGGCCUCGGGCGGUUGCAUCGUCGUUGUCGCACACGGGCUGAUCUUGGGAUCGCUCUUGCGAGUGCUCCUGGCCCGGUAUGGCCCUGGGCAGCUGGCACGCCUGGCGGGCGGGAAGAUGCCGGGGUGGAGCAACACCGGCUAUUACGAGCUUAUUGUUGGCGCGGUCUCGAGCUCGCCGGUCGUGGCAAGUAGUAGUGGUCUGGCAAGUUCGGGAAGCUCAGCUGGAGUGUCUGGUGAAAGGACAUCGAAGUUGACUUUGCCGACCCCGUCGCCACAAGGACCGCACAUCACCCUGUCUGUGGCUGGAGUCAACGUGCUGAAACAUCUUGAGGGUCUGAAGAAGACUCGAGGUGGAAUCGGCAGUGCCCGGUUUGACAAACGGCAGAGGACAAUGGACUCAUUCUUUGCCCCAGCGGCGAAGAAGGCUAAGGUUGAACCAGCGCCUGACGUGGCUUGAACUCGACCGGCCGCUCAAGCUUCCUGCUCUGACGAGUCUUCACUAUGGAAUCUGGUAUGUCGACCUCUAUUUUCUAUCAAUCACGCGUGUCGCUUCUAUGAUGAGAGAAACAAUGUUCACAGACCUGUACCGAAACACAAUGUGGAAAAACUUUGUCCAACCGCUAUCUGAG